UGUCUCUUUAACUGUAGUGAAUGCUGUCCAACUGAUUCCGCACUCGCGAAGCUAUCCGCGAUGACUAGCUCGGAGCGCGACGCCGAGUGGCUCAAGUUUUCGAUGCUGUGCAGCGAGCUGCGCAGCGUCAAGAACUCCAAAGGCGUGGCGGGUGCCGUGGAGAAGGUGCAGUCCUUCCUGAGCGACGACCGCAGCCGCCAGCUUGUGCACCGCUGGCGCAGCUGGGGCUUCCUGCUCAACUGCCUCUUGCACGUACUCAAGGAGGAGAUGCGCGUGUACCUUAACAUCGGAGGCGCUGGCCGCAAGCGCAAGUCGAGUGUGCGUCCGAAGAUGCCACAACUGCGCUACUGGCACUACCUGCGUACGGAAUUGGAGACAGCACAUGUAUCGGCGGACGGACCCAUGUUACAUCUUGACCCCAAUGGGAGGGACUGUAUCUGCCAGCUAUUCACCUUCUCAGUGGCUGUAAUCGACCGUCAGACGUCCAUAGAGUUCGACCAAAGCUUCGAGACGCUCGUGGACAAGGAAGCGUGGCUUACUGUGGAGGUUCUGGUGCAGUAUCGCGUGUAUUGCGCCGUGCUGGACUACAAUGACUGGAAAAACAUGUUGCAGCUGGCACUGGGCAGUAUUUCCCCUAAAUUCGAUGGGAAUUUGAUCGGAGAUGCAGAUACAGCGGCAACACGGGCCAGAGUGAUCAGGCACCUGGUGAGAAACUGUCCGUUCGACUUGAAUGGAGACGUAUUGGCAGGAUUGGUGGAGGAGAUUGAGAACUGGUUUGAGGCUGGUAAAGGGGAGUCCAUGGAGAGAGAUACCGAUAGCUUAUUGCUGGUAAUUGCGUCGACGCUGCUGGAGACGCUGACGGACCUGAUGAGGACGUAUUUCGAAUCUAUGGGGCCGUAUUUAUUGAAACGUGGAGUUACUAUAUUGAAAUAUAUUGUCAAGUCGAACAAAGCUAGAAAGAACGGGCUGCGAGGAGCUCCAGCGGAGUUUUUAAUGCUGUUUUUCGAGCUGUACCGGCAUAACGAGGCUCCAGAGCCCGAGUUUUGUUACCUACCUCCUGCUAAACUACUGCGCGAGAUGAAGAAACUGAUUCAGGUGGCGAUGGGGACAGAUGAGAUCAAUUUGUUGAUGACUCACUUUAAUUCAGCAAGGGAACAGCGACUGGGUAAUGCACUGGGUAUUGAUGACCAAGGGAUAAGGCACUUGGCGUGUACAGCAGACAUUAUCUUCUAUCAUGACUGCUUGGUGUCGGAUCGGAUGCAGACCAGUGGCUCGUUAGCGCAAGAUGAAGACUUGUUCGACCCAGUUGUUGUAGGUAGCAAGCGUCCGAGAUCUAUCUCUAGUGUUCUGGCGUGGGAGACUGUUGUUGAACAGUUCUACGAUAGCCCGCGGACAGAUACGCAGUUGAUGACAGCGAGCUCAGCUUCUCCUGCAUCUCAGCGACAUUCGUCAAGUGUAUCGUAUUUAUCAAGAGGUUCGACGCAGGUCCUGCGAACUGAAACAAAGCAGAUCAACGACUCGGGCUCAUGGUUGCUCUUGCUCUUGUCGAUUUUAAGUCGCCACGGCGAUUAUUACGUGAGUAAUCGCAUUGGAGAUUUAAUGAUGGUGAUGCAGAAGCUCAGCGAUAUGCUGAUCGUGAAAGAAAUGGGCAAGUGGCAAGCACUGACACUGCAGAUUCUAAUUCAAUUGGCUUCUCUCUCGGCUCGACAUCGUGAAGAAUGUGACGGUAAUCUGAACGAGCACUGGGCGAGUGUGUGGCGCAAUUUACUGCGUCCCGAACUUCCAUACACUCGCGUUACUGAGGGAAUAGGAUUGAUGCGAGGUCAAGCUGGUGACGCUGUGCUAACGCUGAUUAAUUGCUGUAUUUCUUUCGGGCUUGUCUCGGAGGAUAUUAUCGAAACUAGCAGUUUAGUACUGUGGAAUUUACCUGCCUUUCGUCAGCCAAGCGCAGACACUCCGGUGUCGCGUGGAGACCGGAUGAGGCCAUACGCGAGAACUACGAUGGCUUCCGUUUGCACUUUGCUCUCGCUUCUUCGUCGUGUACAAGUGCCAGCUGGAACCAUCUUGUCUACAACAACAUCGCAGGGAUCUGAUGUUUUAUCGCUUGGCGAAGAGAUAUUUAGAAGCGAGCAUGAAUCGGUGCAGACAAAACUUCUGCGAUCUGUAUUUGAUCAUCUCCGUGCUCAAGUGUUUCGUAGGAACACGACACUGGCCGAAAAGUCAGCAAGCUCAUUCACCAAAGUAGAUUGGCAGACAGAGCUGUCUCCUUUGGUCUAUGCUUCAGUCAUCCAAUCAUUCUUUGGACUAAAGAGCUCAUCGGUGGACAGAAGGGAGAUGAUUUUCACGCCUGAAUUGAUUCGCAAGCUGUCUGCGAGAAAUGUCGACGAGUGCGACAGCUUUAUUACUGGGGAGGAACUCAAUGGCUUCGGCGUAGCGUUCUGCAUGCUCGAAACUGGCCUCGACCAUCUUUCAAUGUCUUUCCCACAGUCAACAGGCGUCAAACUUGCAGCCUUUUCUCCACCAAUUCACGCACUUGUUGCCAAGAGUAUUGUUGCUGGCGAUUCCAGCUGGUACGAUGGAGUUAAGUCAUGUGUGGCGAAAACCGAUGACCAGUUUGAGAGACUUGCUGUGCCGACCGGAUUGAUGAAGAAGCUGAUCCCACCACGAUAUUCAAACCGCCUCCUAUCGCGUGACUGCUUUUGCCGAAAUGCUUACGCUCAAUCAAUCUCGACUAAACGAGUGGCUGCACUUCAAACAGAAAUCGUCAACUCCUUUUCAGAUUUGCUGUCGGAAAUAUCAAGCAAAUUGCCCUCGGGUGGCUGCAAUCCGAUUAAAGGUUUGUGCGUGCUGUCGAACUCACUUGACGUUGGACUCGUUCUCGCUGCACUCUAUGCCGAAGAUGGUUCGGAUUGCUCGAUGGGGAAGGAGAAUCGCCUUCGUGUGCUUCCGCUGCUCAAGCAGUUCUUUGAAAUUGUUGCGAACUACUUGAAGCCAAGCGUGAUCAAGCAAGCACAGCAAAGUCAGUCUAUGUCGGAAAGCGUGCUACAUGCAUUGAGAAAACUGCACACAGUCAUCCUAAUCUCCCAAGGUCGGCAAACGUUAGAGAAAUGCCGUCACCCGACAGCAGAUCCGAUUGAAUUACGCACUCCACCUGAUCUCCGCCCGUCGAUUAGAGCGAUUGUCAGCAUGCUAGAGGAAUCCCUAGCUUUCCUCUGUGGCGGUAGUGAUCCUCCGAUACCGACACUGUCUUGCCCACGUACUGGGUUUAGUUCACUUCGCGGUACUUCGCGAUGGGAGUCAACAAUACACCGUCCAUCGCCUUCGCAGUACCAAAGCCAGUCGACACAAAAAUAUUGGGAUGUCAUGGAUGACAGGGAGGAAGAUGACAUUGCACGUGAUCGUCCCCCGAGUCGUGUGGUCCAGAAGAGCAUUGCCUUGUGGUGUUUCCGCAUGAUUUUGCUUCUCAAAAAGGACAGUGGACUCUCGUCGGUGAAAAAACAUGUGCAGGCGAUUCAGUUUGAUCCCGAUUUUGUGCUGGCAGCGGCAGUUCUUCUGUGUGGUGUUACUGGGUCUGAGAGCCUGGAAGCAUUCAUCACACUGAUUGACUAUGCAGCAGAGGAAGGCAUGCGAGAUAGCGGCUCUCUUUCAAUCACGCGCGGAGGAAGUUGUAGGGCAGCAAUUUUCCUCUCUCAAGUGUUGUCUGCUCUACUUCUCUCCGGGUUGGUGCAUGAAAAGCGCAAAUAUCUGCAUGACGAGCAGCCUCCUGGGAUCCUAGUGGAGUGCGCAAAGAAGCAUUUAAAGUCCAUGAGUGAUCUGGCACUUAAGAAGAGCGUACGGAUGGCUCGUAAGGCCGAGUUGCAGUGUCUGGAGGUGUUUUUUCGUCUCAACUCGCGUGAAUUCAACGACUUUGAGGACUUAUGCGUGGAUGGCUUGACCGACAGUGACACGAGCGUACGUUCCAUUGCGGCACGUGGACUGCAGACUGUGUAUUAUAUGUAUCCUGAAGGCGGCGAGAAGAUAUGUAAACACUUUUUCAAAGUGCAGGAAGCAUUGCUAGACGCACCUGCGAACUCGGACAACGGUGGAGAACAGCAGAAUCAUGGAAGACCAGGAAGUCUUGAUCCUCGCCUUAGUAUAGACGCAUGCUUACCGGUGUUACUGAGUUUGUAUGUGAGCGCGUGCUCGUCCCAGACUGCUCUUCCUGAAGUUCUUAACGCGUACGUUGAGAUGGCAUCGAUGACAAUAUCGCUGUAUAGUGUGGGGACCCCAUCGCUGAUUUCACAGUGGUUAAAAGCGAUCGUGGAGUUCUAUGGGUAUAGAAGUGUGUCAGACCUGCUGGACGAUCACUUCUGCGGUGUGUGGCACCGCUUUAUAGCUGCGAGCCAUAGAUCAGUACCCCAGGACGAUGAUGAAGACAGGACAGAGUGGAUGAAGAGUGACUCGUUAUCCCCUCUUCCUGAUGGGAAAUCUUUGUUGCAGCAGUUCCCGCUGUCAAUUUUACUCGGGGAGGAGCUGGACACGAAUGCUCAACGAACGCAGUACGUGAAGAAACUGGAUAUGAUUAUUCCGAUCGGUGUGCUUCACAGCUUCAUAUCAAGAGAUCGCUCAGGGUCAAAGAGAGAGUUUGAGUUUGUGGUCGAACUUCUAUCGUGUUUUUCAGUUGAUGACGAGAAGCAGCCUGAGUAUGUGAUCUCGGAGAUUGACGCGCAGUUAACCACGGAUUUAUUCGCGUACUCAUUCAUCUUGUUAGCCCAUCCUGACCCGGAGCUGAAAAAAUUAGCGCAGGAUAUGAUUGAAGUCGCAGAGGAAAGAGCACAAGUGGGUACGCUAUCGUUAUCGCAUCUCGGACAUAUUGCAAGCAAGAUGGCACGCUUUAUGGUGUGGAACAUUAUACAGGGAAACGAUGACGAGCUUCUUUCCCAAAGCGAGCUGUGGAAGGAUGCACUGAAAGCCAUGAAAGAGAAAUACUCCGAGUUUGAUUGGAAGCUGAUCAAUUUGGCAGAUCUACUGAGCGAGUUCUACGUGCUUUUAUUACGCACAGAACUGUUUGAUCCAAGGGCGGAAUAUGCAGUGGAUUGCUUCAAGAUUUUCGUCGUGGAGACUUGUGAUGCAGUGGCGGAAAGUCCGUUGCUGCAGCAUCUACUGCUGUCGAUAUGCUUCCAGUCAAUAAAACACUUGGCUGUUAGAAAUCGGAAAAGAAUUGGAAGAGUGCUGGCUCUACUUGUUCGUGAGAGUUGCGAAGGCUUUAUGAAGAGAGCCGAUAUGUUCGGGAAAUAUCUCGGCUUUGUGGUGCAAGAAAUCAGCGAUAUUUUAUCCAAGUGCAACAAGUCUACUCACAAAACACGAGUGUGCUUGAGCGCUGACGAACAAGCAGAGUUGGAGUGGGUUAUCUUUGCCAUAUGCAAUGACUUGGGCAGUGGACUUGGCAAGUAUGCACUUGACAUUGACAUCGUCCCGGAUGGUAUUUCAGCGAGUCUGGACAAGCUGAACGCGCUAAUUAUCAAUAGUCGGAAGAUUGUUUCGUCAGAAGUGAGCCACAAAGAAGGCAGAACUAAUCUGCCACGCCCGUUAAGUGGAGGCAGACGGAACCAAGCGAAGCAGAAGAUACAGAUGUUCAUUCAAAGAGAACAAUUACGUGGGGCCAAGUUCUACAACCAGUUACCAUUUAGCGGCAUGCCAAGUGUGAUCUCUGAGAAAUCGACUGUCAAAGUUUCAGCUCAAACUCCAUCGAGUUUCCUAACAGACGUGUGUUUGUCAAAUGUGACUUCGAGUAUCGAUACGGUACGAGAUUCGAGCGGAUGUAGCAGGAAGUUGUUUGGGAAACUUGCUCAUACUUUACUGUAUCUGAGCUCUUCUGGUACCUUUGGUAGUGAGAACUGCAAUCGAGGGGAGGGCAUGGCGAGUCUUGCAGAUGCUUUGGGUGAACUUGGAGCGCUGGAUGCCAGUGAAUACGAGCUGAGUCCUUCCGAACAGGACGGAGAUUUGUCACGGUUAUAUCGAAGACACUUCCGUCGAGGUGCACUUCGAGAAAUCAAGACGACUUACUCUUUGGUGAUGCAUGAGAACAUGCUCACGUAUUUAAGCUCAUUGUUUUACGAGGGAGCAAGAUCUGGAAAUGUGGAUCCAACAGUACUGGAGGAGACGCUGAAGACUCUGAAAAACGUGCUCAGUGUUGACGAGGGCGUGGCAGCCUUAGCCCGAAGUAAAGAUGGUGAAUUGAAAGACUUUCUGGAGCCCUUUGUAAGUUCGUCGCCUUCCAAUUGGUCGUCAGCUGCUCCACAUUACAGUGGGGGUUGGAAUCUGAAGCCGAGACGUACAUUCCAACAAUUUCUUGAGCUUUGGACGUCUGCACAGGAGCUAGGCUUCAAAGCGUGGGUUUGUUCGUUAACUGCUUGCUUGUCCAGAGAAUCGCCAGAUCCAGUGUUGAAAGCCUGUUCCGCGUUGUGUACCAUGCGUAUGGACUUGGCAGUUUUCCUCUUUCCGUAUGCGCUGGAGAGCACUCUGAGAACGACUGAUGACGCAAAGAACUCUAAAGAUGAGACGAAGACGGACAGCACUGGAAAGGAGGAGUCUCGGAUAGCGAAAGCUGCGAACCAAGGUGUCAGAUUUGUCUUGACUGGGUCAACAGACAGCGGUACCAAUUCAUCGGAUGAGUCAAGUAAUUCUCAGCCACUUGAAGCCGUGCAGCUUGUUGUUCACAGUAUCAAUUUUCUUCGGGAGACGGAAAAGGCUCGCUUUGUGGAAACGAACGGCAGAGGUCAACAGAGAUCUGCAGGGAAAGAAAAAGGGCCCAAGCGUUUAUGUAAUGGACAACCAAAUCAUGACCUGGCUUAUGGUUGUUUGGUCGAUGUGGAUCUCCUUGCUAUCGCAAAGGCUGCGGUACGAGUCAAGAUGCCGUAUUCAGCGAUGCAAUACGCGGAGAUGUGGCUUGAAAAGAAGAACGGUGGGAAGAUCACAUCGUUGCCGUCGUUGGAUGAUGAAAAGGGGAGUACUCUCCGUGAUAUUCUGGUUGAGGCCUACAGCUUUGAUAGCGAUGAUGAUGGGAUCUACGGUGUCAACGAUGGACGCACGAUGAAGUCGCAGUUGGUGAAGUACAACCGUGAGGGCGAAUACGCCAAGGCUCUUCCGCUUUACGAUGUCUCGCUGCAGUUUUCGCUUCGGACCGGCGAAGAGUUGGUGACUAGUAACCAGCCACGCCUUGUGGAAGGUAUACUGACGUCUUUGCAUUCGCUCGGGUACAACCAUUUGCUAGAAGGUUAUCUGCAGUCAUUACAGCGCAACGAAUUUGGCGAAAGUACUAGCUCCGCUUCUGCUCAAGCCUUAGAGAACAAGUACAAACUCGCCUGGAAGAGUAUGCAGUGGGAAGCCGUACUACCUACUCGAACUAGUGUGACGACCACGGCGAGUUUUUCACAGCAGCGGACGAUUUAUCAAAGUCUGCAAGCGAUAGCCCACGGUGAUUUCUCGCACUUGCAACGCGUGACGGCAGACGCCAAGGAGCAGAUUUUGCAGUCUGUUCAAUUGAGUUUACGCUCGUUUGAAAGCACCAAAGAUUCCUACUCAGCAUUGGUGAAUCUUCAGGCCAUCCACGAGAUUGAAGAGCUGGCGAACGCUAUUAGGGAACUAAAAUCUACUCGAGAUGCGUCCAUUCUCUCGACUAGGAGCAUAACAGGAUUGAGGCCGUAUUCAUCGCUGGAUGAAGCACUAGUCGCUCCUCGAGUAGAAGCACUGACAGCGAUGCCGUUGCUGGCACGAUGGCAACAACGACGUGGACAGAUCAAGAACGACUUUGAUAAGGCUGAAAGUCUGCUGGCACUCGAAGAAAUCCUCUUGCAGGUCUCAAAGCCGUCAGAUGGCGCUCAAGUGAUCACCAAGUUGUAUCUGGAUCUUGCUUCACUCAGUCGCAAAGCUGGACGGACAGCAGUGGCUUACAGAGCUUUGCUGAAACUCGAACAACUCGAGGCAUGUGGAUCCUUGAGCAUCUACGAGGCGAUGCAAUGGCGGAUACAGAAAGCCAAACUGAUGUGGAAACAACAAGAGUUCCGCAGUGCCAUAUGGACCGGCAAGAAGAUCUCCUCCGACUUGACUACAUACUUACAAGAUUCAACUCUCUCUACGACUGAAAUGACGUCUUUGCAGUUGCUGCAAGUGAAAGUUCUGACGAUCACAGGCAAAUGGAUUGCAUCUCAGCGCUCAGAAAGUUCACAAGUUAUUCUCGAGGAAUUCUUUUCGAAAGCUACGGAGAUCAUCAGCGGUAUGGACACUGAAGCGGUCUCAGACCGAUCAAGAGAUGCAGCAAAGGCACAUUUUGCGUUAGCGGAGUUCAUGGCUGGGAUGUAUCAGCAAGUGAGUGCUCGCGUGACGUCGCGGGAGUGGCUAGCAGGUAAGAAGGUGGUACAAGCUCGACACGAUGAGCUACAAGAGCUGCAGACAAUGGAGCAGACCAUGCAGAACGAGAAUCGAGCGCAUAUUCACGCUUUAAACAAAGAAGUUGUUCAUGAUAUGAACGAGAGAUCGAAAGUGGAGGCGUCGGUGGACCAGUUCUUGAUUGGCGCUCUGUGCAGUUACGGUAAGGGGCUGACAUUAUCAUCACAAGCGGAACUGGACAUGGUCUUCCGUGUCCUGUCGCUGUGGCUCAACAACCAGCGAAAAGCGGAUAUCAAUCGCGUGUUCAUCGAAGAGAUGAUCGACAUGGUGCCCUCGUACAAGUUCGUGCCUUUGUCGUACCAAAUUAUAUCGCGUAUAAGCAGUUCUAGCGACACUGGCACGUUCCAAACGGCUCUCCGUAAACUGGUGAUGAAAUUGAGUGUACAACAUCCACAUCACACACUGGUACAACUCAUCGCACUAAAGAAUAGUGGAGAUGUGGAAGGCAAAGGAGCGUUGCAGUUCCGAACGAAUGUUGGAGACGCAAAGGCUGAAGGCGCGAAAGUGUAUUUGACCGAGUUGAUGAAGACAGAACAGCGAGAGCUCCUGGAAUCGCUCGACAGCAUGGCGAACGCAUACAUUCAGUUAGCGUUGUUUGACACCAGUGAGUAUCAUGGCCAGAAGAAGAAGAUUCCUCUGUCGAAAGUGACAAUAUUCGAGACGAAUUCGGGGAGAUCAGGGGCUACACCGUUUGAUCAGUGUCUUCGAGUACGUGCUCGACGUGGAGAGUCUGUGGUAAUGCCGGCGGUGUUGACGUCCACUAUUGCACCUCAAGCUGACCUGGACUACUCGAAUGUGGCACGAAUGUACAAUUUCGAGCCCCAAUUUUCCAUUACGGAUAGCGGUAUUCAUCGCCCAAAGAUUAUUUAUUGCUACGGGUCAGAUGGUGAGCGAUACAAACAGCUAGUGAAGGGCCAAGACGACACUCGACAAGACCUUGUGAUCGAGCAAGUAUUCGAGACAAUGAACCAGUUUUUGAGCGAGGAGAAAGCGACUCGUAAUAGGAAAUUGCGACUGCGUACGUAUCGAGUCGUGCCGCUAUCACCUAUCGCCGGCGUGUUGGAAUGGGUGGAGAAUACACUGCCGUGGGGAUCGUAUCUUGUCAACCGAACGUCCAAAAGAUUGUCAGCUCAUGAACGGUAUCAUCCUCACGAAUGGAAACACACCGAGUGUCGUCAGUAUCUGAAGAAUGCACCUGAUAAACUGACCGCUUUUAUGGAGAUCCAAAAAAAUUUCACGCCAAUUUUUCACCAUUUCUUUUUGGAGAAAUUCCCUGAUGCGGCGGUGUGGUAUCGCCGUCGAUUGGCCUAUGUGCAGAGUGCAGCAGUCACGUCCAUUGUCGGCUAUAUUCUGGGAAUUGGAGACCGUCACUCUCAGAAUAUUCUGAUCCAUGAAGAGACCGGAGAGCUGGUACACAUUGACUUUGGCGUUGUGUUUGACCAGGGUAUGGCUCUGUACACCCCAGAGACUGUCCCUUUCCGACUCACUCGUGACAUGGUGGACGGUAUGGGCGUAUCAGGGGUAGACGGUGUGUUUUCUCGUUGCUGUGAAGUCACACUGCAGUUGCUGCGAAAGAAAAGCGCCUCUGUUGUCACUAUUCUCGAGGUUUUUGUGCACGAUCCACUGUAUCGCUGGACCCUGUCGCCGUUGAAAGCUCUGCGGAUUCAAGGGGGAGAACAGGGGUCAAAGUCUAUGCGCUCACGGAAUUCGAGUCGGAAUAGUAGCUUCAAUGGGACCGGCAGUACAGAUGGACAACUGGAGGAGGAGAUGCACUCGGAACCUGGCAGUACUGAUGCUGCGGCUCGAGCGUUGAUUCGUGUCAAGCAAAAACUUGAGGGAUAUGAGGACCCAAAUGGCAGUGCGUUAAGCAUCGAAGGACAAGUGAAACAGCUGAUGAGUGUAGCUCAGGACCCACACAAUCUCUGCAAACUCUUUCCAGGGUGGGCUCCAUGGUUGUAGGGCAGUUGUAGGAGGUUGAUCAAUGGUAGCGUUAGAUAACAGGAGGUUGAAAAACUGUAUUUCAGUAAAUUAUUGGGUCGUGCAAUAAAAACUAUUAUUUGAACGAUAGGA